UAGGAGAUACACAAUCCAAAUAUUUAUUUUCUAAAUCAAAAUUAGGAGAUGACAAUUAAAAUUCUGACAUAGUAAGUCAUAAAUAUGACAUCAAAAGUAAAAAAAAAUAGUAUGAGAUACUAUGUCAUAAUCAUAAUUCAGGAUUUUGACUUAAAUCAAAAUUCGGAGUCGUCUUAGUCAUAAUAUUGAGAUAUUAAGUCAAACACAAGAUAAUAAGUCAACUUCUGAUUUACUAAAUCCAAAUUAUGAAAUAUUUUAUACUUCACAAUUGUGAGGUUUUGAAUUUGACUUAGUGUCUCAUAACAUAUUUAGUGACUUAGUAUUUUUGACACACAUCCUUAUAACAUUAAAUAUCUUUAUUCCAAAUAUUUCAUCUAUUUAGACAUUGAGAAAAAAGUACCUCAAUGUAAAAGGGAGUGAUUUGAGGCCUCAAGCUGGGGGAAUCCAAUUUCUUUGUCAGACCCCUAUCAAUGCACAUUUUGUGGUAUCUUGACUACUUCCUUGAAUAUAGAAUAUCAUGCAGCUACAAAGGUGUUUCCUUCUUCCUCAUGCUACCCAACCUGCACCUGCCCCAAGGUGCAUCUCUCUGCUUCGCUCUGAUUGGACAUUUGCCUCCAGUGGGAGGGACCAGGUGCAGGUAUUUCAACCAGCACAGACACCAGAUUUGUAAAAAAAAGAAAUCUAACAGAAGCUGUAAAGUGUGAGGAAACAGUGAGAGGAGUUUUUUAAGAGACAGACGUGAAGAAUGGGCGCUAUGAAGCUGCUGGUGAUUUCUGUUUUGCUGAGCAUAUGCUCACAGGCUGCAGCCCAAGGUAUCGAAGUAUCUGUGUUCUCAGUAUCAUCGAAGACUGCGAUUCUCAAAUGGACCAGGUUCUCUGAAGCCAGCUCAUACAAGAUCACCGUUGCCCCCAAAACCUCGCCACGCAGCCCCAUUGGCUUCACCACGUUUGGUCCAAACACAGUACUGGGCUCUGUCAGCUAUCUAUCCCCAAACGUCAUUUAUAUAUUCACAGUUGAAGCUCUCAAUGAUCUCCAAGCACCACUGAGCUUUGCAAACGUUGAGUCAUCCACAGCCCCUGAGAUGACGGAUCCCAUCCAGACGGUGAAGCCGAAGGACAGCACGACCUUGAUGGCGGAUUUCAGCUUGACGACCGGGGCGACUAAAUACAUCAUACGAAUCCAGACCUCCAAUGGCUUCUUCAGAGAAGACACGGUGUCCUCCUCCCCCGCUGAGAUUCAGUCCCUCACACCGUACACUGAGUACACACUCAGCAUCAUCGCUGCCAACAGUGGAGGCCGGAGCCAGCCGUCUUCUUCUCUGACUGCAAAGACAGUUCUGCCUCCUCCUCAGCUCUCCACCUCCUCUCCAAGCAACGACAGCAUCAUUGUAUCCUGGCCCCCUGUUGCUUACGCUGUCCAGUACACCGUGUCGCUGUACAAGUACGGCUCAAACACCAGCAUGAAGCACAACACCUCCAACACCAAUCUGACCAUCACUGGCCUCGAUGCUGGCUCCCUCUACACUAUCAAGGGUUUCGCCUGGGACCUCGAGGGCCGAAAGGGAGAGGGCAGUCUGUACGUCAACCAGACAACAAGACCUCCAACACCAUAUUUUGCCAAUGUCUCCAUGGUGAUGAGUGUGAACGGUGUGGCCGGACUCUCUGUGUCCUGGAAACUGGAUCAACAGGUUUAUGGAUCCAUCGAGUACCAUGUGAUGAGUGACCAGAACCUCACCUGUAACUCCACAUCCUACUCCUGCACCCUGUCGCCCGUGGGCUGUGGAGAGGUUCACAAUAUCAUGGUCAUCGCUCUGAACGAGGCCGGGCCCAGCUACCCAUCCAACACUGUGGUGUUCACCACCUUCCCCUGUCCACCAGAGUCUCUGGAUCUCGUGGAGUCGACAGAAGGAAACUGCACUCUGACGUGGGACACAGUGCCUCACGCUGACAGCUACAGCGCCUUCAUCAAGAGAAGUGACGGCACCGAGGAGACCUGCAACACCACCAGCAACAACUGCACCUACCACUGCAUGUGUGGCUACAUGUACCUGAUGUCUGUGUUCGCGUUCAACCAGGCUGGCAGCAGUCCUAACGGACAGGUUCUCAACUACACCACCUUGCCCUGUUGUCCAGAGAAUGUGUCCGUCUCUACGGUGAGCACUGACACUCUGGAGAUCAUGUGGACGGCCUCGCGGGGGGCAGAGCUGUACGAGACUCGCGCUGCAGACAGUUCAGAGGUCAUCCUGUGUAACGACACGGCGCCGGUGUGCGCCCUUUCUGACCUCAGCUGCGACAGUUCCUACAGCGUGGUGGUGACGCCCUGCAAUGACAUCAGCGGAUGCAACCGUGCAUGCAAAGCUCACACCAAAAACACAGCUCCCUGCAGGCCGAUGAAUCUGAUGCUGAAUCCGAAAAACUCCUCCUGCCUCGGCGUCAGCUGGACAGCCAACAACAGGCAUGCUACGUACACUGUGAGCGCGUCAGGCGAUGACGGCAUACACUCCUGCACCACCAGCGGAAACAGCUGUGACAUCACUGACCUUCCCUGUGGCUCCACUUAUGACGUCAGCGUCAGAGCAGCCAGCCCCUUCGGCUCGAGUUUACCCAGCUUCUCUGACUCUCUGGAAACAGAACCCUGUUGCCCGAUGAAUCUAACAGUGGAUCAGGUGACGCAGGCAAUGACCAAUGUCUCAUGGUCUCACGCCAAAGGAGCGUAUUCGUUCAUCACGUCUCUGACGUCAACGCGUGGUCACGCCCGCUGCCACACCCUGGACUCCCACUGCCUCAUGGGAUGCAUCACCUGUGGGACCAACUACACCGUCACCAUGGAGGCGUUCAGCCACAGCGGGCGCAGCUCCAACUGCACCUAUCGGGGCUUUUCGUCCAGUGCCUGCUGUCCGUCAGGCGUCAGGCUCUACAGGAUGGCCGGUAACUCUCUGCGGGUGUACUGGCGCAGCGCUGGGAGCGACCACAGCUACGUCACAGACAUGGUGGGCAGCAGCAACAACUACACCUGCACUGCCUCUCCCGGGGAGAGCAGCUGUGACGUGGCCAACGUCCAGUGUGGGGACGUCUAUAAUGUAGUGGUGGCUCCGCUCACACCAGAGGGCGGCAAAGUCCUGUUCUGCCCCCAGAGGCUGUACUCAGUGACUUGUUCAGGCAGCAACGUUGGUACAGUGGUUUACAGAGGGAAGAGAAGUGUGGACUAGCAUACGAUGCAACAAACACCUCCAUCUUCUUCCUCCUCCUCCUCUUCCUCCUGCUUCACUCCUGCCCCACUGGAAUAAAACCAUGCUCAAAGAUAAAUAGAAGUGUUAACCACAAAUAAAAAUGCUUUUCUGUUGGCCGUGAUACAUAGGUGAUGGCAUGAUGAAUAAUGAGAAACAAGUGUUGUAAACCUUUAAAUGCCUUUGAAUGACGUUCAUGUAUGAAGAGGUAAUGAAUCACGGCCAAAAACCAUCACUGUGCCUUCAACACUUAAACAAGACAAAAACAAGCGAACAACAAGAGUGCAUUUUGUAUGUGCUGCUCAAAAUAUGUAUCAUGACACAAAAUCAUAGUAUGGAUUUGGUAAAUAAAAAAAAUGAUAAAACAUUUUUUCCACAAACAACCAGAACUCAAUGUAUAUGGUGUACGGAGAAAGUUGUUAUUUGGGUAAUUGAGUAUUUUUUAUCCCGGAGCUAUUGUGUUAAAAACCUCCAAAUGAAUUAUCUAAUUGGCAAACAAAAUUAGCAAAACAGUAACAGUGCCCCAACAGGCAUUUCAAAACAAUUUUGCCCAUUAAUUUUACAAAUGAAUAAAUGGAGAAUCUACCAUAUUAAAAGAAAGACUUGUAGCUGCAGCCCCAAGUAGGAAGCCUCCUGAUAACAAGUGUCAGACGACAUCAUGUGUCACCUUGCAGCGUAUAAUCUCUGCUGUGUGCUGCUGCUUGUCCUCAGGAUGUAUUUAACUGUUUGUGAUAUGUGUCACUGUGGUUGUGAAAACCUGAUGCAUAUGUCAGUUAAUAAAGAAUUCCUUCAUCA